UGCUGCGUGCAGGUAAAAGGAACAAGCGACACAAAACAGAAAACAUUUAUCUUGGCAGAAAGCGAGGAGUGCGAUGGAAACGGACUCUCCGGUGAAACAUUCGUGCGCUGCAGAAAAGCUAAACAUUUAGGUCGGCGAAAAAGCGCAACACCUUCAGCUUCUUGAAAGAAAGUGCCGUUGUGUCAACCAUCGCUCGGCUCGCGGGCACGCUUUGUACCGCAAGCAACUUGGACAGCUGCGUGUUUUCAAGCCAGCCAUCAACAAAGAAUGAAAGCAUUCAAACGAGCUCUGGAAGAAGAGCAUCGCCCGGAUCAGGAGCACUCUUCAGCGAUGUCGGACAGUGAUGACGGCUCGCCGCUCGACCUGUCAGGAAGGGGGCUUUUUGGGAAGCGCCGUCGCCGCGGCAACCUGCCCAAGGAGGCGGUGCAGACUCUGCGGAGCUGGCUGUACGAACACCGCUUCAACGCCUACCCUUCAGAGCAGGAGAAACUCAGUCUGUCAGGCCAGACCAACCUGUCUGUGCUGCAGAUAUGCAACUGGUUUAUCAACGCGCGUCGUCGCCUCCUCCCUGACCUGCUUCGCAAGGAUGGCAAAGACCCCACCAAGUUCACCAUCUCGCGCAAGGUUGGCAGUAAAAGUGACAGCCACUAUAAUGGAGGCUGGAGCAGAUCUCCAGAAAGCAACUCUUCCACCAGCCCCUCUCAACAGCGCCCGUCGGUCAUCCGCUCUGCCCCGACGCUGGACCUCAGUCUUCUUGGGAACACGGCGACGGCUAUUCUUACGGGAGCGGGCUACCCUGGUAAGGAAGGGUCGGUCCAGGCGCUGAUGAGGCUGGACACCCAGAGCCUGAUAAGGGAAGCAGAGGAACAGGGGGCAAAUAACUUUUGUCUCACCAGCACAACAAUGGCAGCUAGCCCCACCGUCGGCCUCUUCAAUACGCCUCCCCCGACUCCUCCCGAGCUGUUCCCCACUCAGGACUUCAGCGACCUGAGGCUCCUGGUGGAUGCAGCUCUGCAGAGGGCUGCAGAACAGGAGAACCAGAAAAGGCUGCAGGAAAGCCAGAGCAGACCGGCAGAGGCUGUAAAGACUGAACUGGUGGAGUCACAGUGUUACAGUAGUGACAUGGGACCCACUCCGCCUCCUGAGGACAACCAACAAGUCAUGGAUCCUUCCAGGGUUCAGAGUCUGAUGGAGAAGGCUAUGGCUGUAUCUGUGUCAGCUGUUGCUGCAGUACAGGAUCCAGAACUGCUUCCUUUAACAGUAUCAGUACCAGCACCAGUUCCAGCCUUGGUUUCAGCCCAGAGGCUGUCUCCUCUCCUCAUGAAUAAAGCCACCUGGAGCACCGUGGAGAAGGACAGCGCCAUAACUUCCAGCGCAAAGCAGGCGCCGCUCCUCCCAGCCCAUCUGCCAAGCAUGGUGCCGGUGUCCGCCUCAGUUUUAGGACCGCACAAUCCUCAGAACCCAGCUGCUGCUCAAGCCAAAGCCCCAGCUUCAUCAUCAUCUCCACUGCUCACUACACGCCCUACAGAGUUGGUAUCUGUGCCAACAACUGUUGUACUCCAAGCCAUGAGUCCUGCCCCUGUCGCAAGCCAGACGUCAUCACAUAUGGUCACGCUUUUUCCAGCUGCUCCUUCUCCAGCCAUCCCCUCUAUCACAGACCCCAGGGGUGUCCCACUUUACCUGCCAUUCCAAAAAUCCCCCAUUAUCCCAGUCACAGUUCCGUGUACACCGCUCCUUUCAGCUGCAGUGUCGCCUCCAGCCCAAACUCCAACUCUCCUCCCUGCUUCAGCCCCCAUAUCAUCCUCAACACCAGUGAUGCAGCCUCCUUUGGGCCUGAUGUCCCACCUCCCUGCUCCUCUUCAGCCUUCUUCCAUUAGCAGCAAUGGUAUUGUCAGCAGUGCUCAGAGGAAUUCAGCAGUGGUGCCCAGUGUUUGGAGCAUGGUCCACGCUGAUAGCAGGCAGUCUACUUCUCUUCAAGUGGUAAAGACCCCCAUCACCACAGUGUGGGGCCCACAGCACAGCCUGCACACAGUGAGUGAAGCUGUUAACUAGGAGUUGAUUUUUCUUUUUCUUUUAAUAUAAAUAUAUAUAUCUAGGAGGAGAGAGGCCAAACAUUCCUGUUGGCCGGACUACACUGUACAUAGGAGAAUGUAUGUUCAUCACCAGUCCCCUGUCGUCGUAAACGCCUGUGCCUGCCGAAAACAGGAUAUGAAAUCAGAUUUAUGAACAAGGACAAAGUGAAGUAACAAACAUGAGGUGUUAAAGACUUGCUGUUUCAAGCAACUUUUUUUUUAAAUGUGCUGUUCUCGAUGGAGGCACCUGCCGGUAAGAACACUUUUUGAUGUAUUUUCUCAAAAAGGAACAUUCCUCAGUGGAGUUUGUUUGUUGUACAAAGUUUUUGAUGCCAUUUUCAAACCUCUUUCGGCACUACAAUUUAUGAAUGAAGAUGAAAUAUCCCGUAAUUGUACAAAAGGUCAAAUGAUGUCAUUUUCAGGACCAGCAGUUAGCCUCUUCAGUAGCAGACCUGGACUGUAUUGAAUGUACAUGGACAUUGAUAUCAUUGGCUAGGCUGCCUAUCAUCCUUUACACUCCAGCAUAAAAAGGAGGGAAUUUGUUUUUGUUUUUCCUACACACAGCGACAAUAUUGUAGUCUAUUAUCUUUCAAGGAUUCCCUGUUCUUAUUUAAAUUCACCCCGUUUUCCUCAGAGAUGAGUACAAGGGGAAGUUGAUUGUACUGCAGUGAGGCUGUCUAAAUGACUUGCCUCAAUGUGUCUGUCUCCAUCACACCCCACCUCUACUUCCUGUCUUUUAUAGCUGAGGGGAUUGAUUUGCACUCAUGAAUUGUCAUCUCAACCACUUAAUGCACGCUUUAAAGCGUCACGGCUCUUAUUUUGCUGUUUCCAACCCCUAAAAACAAACAAUAUUUUCUGUGUUUUUGCUCAAAGCAAAGUGGUUCUGUCCGUUACUUUAAUUGUCCUAGAUCAGUUUUGUAGGAUUUUUCAGGGGCCGUUGUUGAAGUGUGCUGUGGCCACAAGAUGAAGGGGAGAGGGUCACAUUGGAUCUGUUACAGAAAUCAAUUUCAGUGAGGAGGUGAGCAGCUUUGUGGUCUGAUGACAUCAAGCUCUCACAGCUCCUGAAAUGAAACUUACACCUGCUCUGAGACUUCAUCUUCUGUGGUGGAAAAACACUUUAAACAUUGGAUCCAUCAUUAGGGAUAUGGAGACAUUCCAGAUAUAUCCCAGUUAAUUUGGGGCCUUAUGAAUUGGUCAGUUUAGUUCAAACCUGAAUGUCUUAUCAUUUGAAAGUUUAAUUGAUGCAUGUAGUGUCUCGACGAAACAAAUGUAGCAGAUGAUCUGAAAUAGCAGACUUUUGCUGGGGUUUUUCUUCCCAAA